CCUCGUGACCACGCGUUCGCGCAGGCGGCAGUCGCGCACCUAGGCGUCAUCAUCGAAGGGUCAUCCUAACUCAACAGCAAUGGCACUCAACCUUCGCAGCCCCUCACAACACAAUCAAAUGCUCACUCGCUUCAUCAAACAUCCUAAGUCUACCAAUUUCGACGGCGAAAAGGAACGGCCCGCAAAACGGCCGAAGAUCGAUCGAUCACCCUCGAAACGAAACACCGCGUCCCCUGCGAAGAAGCACGCGAACCGCGAGAUACCAGAUUCAGACGACGAAGAAGAGAUUGGAGAUGUAGAGAAGGAAGAAGGGACCCAUAAGACGGAUCUAGAGAGCGCUCUGCCGCCUGUAAAGACGGAUGCCGAGGCUAUCGAAGAAUACGAGGCGUUCAAGGCGUCGCAGACGGAGGACACAGAAGGCACAGAAAAGCUGCUAAAUGACCGAAAAUGGGUCAGGGGGAAGAGCUCCAUAUAUGUGGAUGCCUUCAAUCUAGCAUUGGAUACGGUGUUGGAUGAAGAGAGUCAUUUGUUUGACGAGGCCGAAAUGGAAGUAUUUAGACUAUGGAGGGAAUUGAGCUACGAAGCUCAGUAUCUAUACGUACGCCUCUUCCUUCGCAAGACGUCUGCGUGGCAUCGCAUCAAGAACAUCGGCUACCACAGCGAUAUAUCGGAUCUAAACGCGGCUAUUGAGACAUUACAACGCACUUAUGAUCUCCCAACAUCCUCCGCCGAGGUAGAAUCACAUCCGGGCGAGCUAGAACCACCGCCCGGGACAACACUUGAGUCGUUCUUCACGUUCGCGGAUCGAUCAGAGGAUGAGAUAACAACGCUUGAGGAAGCGUCAUCGCUGUUGAAGCUGGAUGAGCUGAAAGCUCUCGCAAAGGAUGCCAAGGUGCAAGGGAAGAACAAGAAGGAGCUAUUGAAGGCUUUACACCGGACAAGUCAGAAACAGGUCGGUCUGGGCUUCGUGGGCUUGAAAAGGUCGGAUACAGAGAGCUCAAGACGCUCAUCCGCCUCGGGCCUGGACUCAGAGACUCCAGAUCCCGAGCCAGCGGGAGACACUGCGUCGGAUGCCAACCGCGACGCACACUUCACCCGCAAGAUCAUGAACGAAACCGGACCCUGCAUCCGCCUCUCCCUCGCACCACUAAAACUCUUCGAGCGUGUUCAUCUCGUCUUCUACCGCUCGACCGAAUGGACUGAAAAGUCCCUUACGACGAUCAUCCUCGCUAAGAUCGCGCGCCGUAACUUUCCAGAAUAUAUCGUGUCCCGUUCCGCAAACAUCUUCGCAUCCCGCGCCUUGCUACUCGAAUUCGAAGCAUCAAUAAGAACACAGUUCCGCGUGGACAACAUUCUCGAGUUCAAUGGCAAGCCCACCGACCAGGGUUACCAAGAGAUCAUUGAUAUCUUUGAGGAAGUAUAUCCGCGGUGGAGAGUUUUACUUCGCGAAGAACAGGAGAAGGAGGACAGUAUAUACCAUAGUGGAAAAGGAUCAUACCUUCGUCGCCUCUCUCCGGCGUGGGUCUACACGCGCAUCAUCCACAAAGCCACCAGCAUUCUGGCGCGGCGGAAAGAGCACAAACGUGAGCACGAGCUAAUCACCGAGCUUCUGCAACAACGCCUAUUCCACCAUUCUCGGAGGGGAGCUUGGUAUCAGCGAAAGGCCCUACUGGAAGAGCACUAUAUGGCCACUCUCACAGACGCAGAUGGACUGAGUGAAGAACUACAGAAGAAAAAUUGGAGGCGGAUAGCCCUCCAAACCUGCGAGGACGGGCUCCAAGACAAUCUUGUACACAUAAUCUACCACUAUGACCUCCAAAAGCGCAUCACCAAGCUCGAGAAGUCUCUCAAGAUCGCAAAGCGAGCACAACACGACUUCACUCACGUACGUCUCACAAAGCCGGUAGAAGUCACUUUCGAAGGCACCCGCAUCGAACGUGAGGCGUCACUCACUCGGCGGAAUAUUUCACCUCAUCCCUCAUCAGGCAAGCGCGGAAUGAAGACCAUCUGGAUUGAUCCCCGUGAAGAUGGCGAAUGCGGUGUUGAAGAGAUGUGUCUCUCACAUUACCGUCAUCAAGGCUGGAAAGGCUACCACAGCGAAGGCGGCAUUGUGCGCACACUCUUCGCUUAUCUCUUCUUCGACAUCCUGUUCACCUACAUUCCCAACGUUUUCCAAACACCGUAUCAGACCUGUCCGUUAGACCUGCACACCGACGCUUUCUACCCAUCCCGCAUCAGCGAGAUCAACGCCCGCCUAAACGAGAUCUCAAAUGGCGACGCACCCUCCAUCAUCCGACGCAUAUACGACGAACACCACGAGCGCCGAACAUGCGUGGUAGGCCUUGAUUGGACAUUCGACAUCAACGACCUCAUAGAAAUCGCGGAAUGCUUCGAUGGCGAGGCACUAGCUACAGUGUGUAAGGUUAUGGCCCAAGAGUACGGGCAAAGGGGUGGAGGCGUGCCCGAUCUUUUCCUCUGGAAGGUGGCAGAAGGUGAAGAAGGAAAGGACGGAAAGAAAGGUGAGAUCAAGUUUGCCGAGGUGAAAAGCGAGAAUGAUCGCUUGAGCGAUACGCAGAGGCUUUGGAUACAUGUGCUGAGCGGGGCUGGGGUGAGGGUCGAGCUUUGCGCAGCUGUGGCUAAAGAGGUGAGGGUUGUUCCGUGAUAGCUGAGAUUAUGAAGCUUGACCAGCUACCAUAAUUCCUUCCUCUUUCACAGCUGGUGCUAAUAUAUUAU